AUGCCCCUCCACCACUUGAUGAUCGGGACAUGGACCCCGCCAGGGGCCAUCUUCACCGUUCAGUUCGACGACGAAAACCUCACCCUGAAGCUGGUCAAGCGCACCGAGAUUCCACAAGACGAGCCGAUAUCAUGGAUGACCUUCGACCAUACGAGGAAAAACAUUUACGGCGCGGCCAUGAAGAAGUGGUCCAGCUUUGCCGUCCGGAGCCCGACUGAAAUUGUCCACGAAGCAUCCCAUCCCAUGGGUGACGACCCCCAAGCGAACAGCGCCGACACAAACACACGCGCCAUCUUUUUGCUCGCGGCCAAGAAGCCACCCUACGCCGUCUAUGCCAACCCUUUCUACAAGCACGCCGGCUUCGGCAACAUCUUCUCCGUCUCGGACACCGGCAAGCUCGAGACCAACAUCCAGAACUACCCCUACCAGCCCAACACGGGCAUCCACGGCAUGGUGUUCGACCCGACCGAGACGUACCUCUACUCGGCCGACCUAACAGCCAACAAGCUGUGGACGCACCGCAAGCUCCCCUCGGGCGAGGUCGAGCUGGUCGGCAGCGUCGACGCCCCCGACGCCGGCGACCACCCGCGCUGGGUGGCCAUGCACCCGACCGGCAACUACCUCUACGCGCUGAUGGAAGCCGGCAACCGCAUCUGCGAGUACCUCAUCGACCCGGCCACCCACCUGCCCGUGUACACGCACCACAGCUACCCGCUGAUCCCGCCCGGCAUACCCGCACACGACAAGGACACGGGCAAGGGCCUGUACCGCGCGGACGUGGUGGCGCUGACCUCCAGCGGGCAGCACAUGUUCGCGUCGUCGCGCGCCAACCGCUUCGACCUGCAGGGCUACGUGGCCGCCUUCAAGCUGCGGGACUGCGGGAGUAUUGAGAGGCAGAUCCUGCUCCACCCCACCCCGACCAGCGGCGGCCACAGCAACGCCGUCUCGCCGUGCCCCUGGAGCGACGAGUGGGUGGCGAUUACGGAUGACCAGGAGGGCUGGAUUGAGAUAUAUCGGUGGAAGGACGAGUUCCUGCACCGCGUGGCGCGCCUGCGGAUUCCGGAGCCGGGGUUUGGGAUGAAUGCUAUUUGGUAUGACUGA